CCUCUUACGUCACUUCCUUCUGCGCGGGGCUGCUGUACUGUCUGGCUGGGACGGAGGGCUUCGACGCUAAGCAGGCGACUUUAAAAAAACACAUUAAAUCCACAAGGAGGCGGUUUUUUUUUUCCAUCCGUCGAGGAUUUGCAAAUUAUUUGCACUCGUAUUCGAAAUAGCCAUCCAUCAAGCCAGAGCUCGGUGGACUUUAUUCUCUCGCGGGUUCGCACACGCUUCAGUGAACCACUGCAGCAGCAACGGACCAAAGCACGCUGUUGUUGUGAGGGAAGAAAACAAGCUCUGGACCGCUAAAGCUGUGUGAUCAUUGACAGAGUUCAAUACACACAAGCGUCAAGCGAUAACUGGUGGGAGAGACUUCUGCGGCGCACCUUCCGAGCCUCUUUAAGAAACCGAGCAGCCGGGGGAAAGGGUAUUACAAUAUCCAGUUUUUUUUGUUGGGCGAGCCACUGUCAGUUUGCACAAUAUCCUCAAGCCGGCCUGCAGCCCCCGCCCAGCCCAGACGGUCCUCUGCCCCAGCAUGAAUGAAGUCAGUGUUGUGAAAGAGGGAUGGCUCCAAAAGAGAGGGGAAUACAUUAAAACAUGGCGGCCCCGCUACUUCAUCUUGAAGAGCGAUGGCUCCUUCAUCGGCUAUAAAGAGAAGCCCGAGGUGUCCAGUGACCACAGCCUCCCACCACUCAACAACUUCUCUGUCGCAGAAUGCCAGCUCAUGAAGACGGAGCGCCCAAGACCCAACACAUUUGUUAUCCGUUGCCUGCAGUGGACCUCUGUUAUCGAGCGCACCUUCCAUGUCGACGGCAACGAGGAGAGGGAGGAAUGGAUGCAAUCGAUCCAGACUGUGGCAAACAGCCUGAAGAGUCACCAGCACGAGGAGGAGCCCAUGGAGAUUAAAUUUGGCUCACCGAGCGACAUCAGCGGCACGGAGGAGAUGGAGAUUGCUGUGUCCAAAUCCCGCACAAAAGUGACCAUGAGUGAUUUUGACUACCUGAAGCUGCUGGGUAAAGGGACAUUUGGUAAAGUGAUCCUGGUGAAGGAGAAGGCCACAGGGAUGUACUACGCCAUGAAAAUCCUCCGCAAAGAAGUCAUCAUUGCGAAAGAUGAGGUGGCACACACGGUUACAGAGAGCAGAGUUCUCCAAAACACGCGACAUCCCUUUCUAACGACACUAAAAUAUGCAUUUCAAACGAAUGAUCGGCUAUGCUUUGUGAUGGAGUAUGCAAAUGGUGGAGAACUCUUCUUUCACUUAUCGCGGGACAGAGUGUUCUCAGAAGACCGAGCGAGAUUCUACGGCGCAGAAAUAGUGUCCGCGCUGGAGUACCUCCACUCACGCAAUGUCGUUUACAGGGAUUUAAAGCUGGAGAACCUCAUGCUAGACAAGGACGGCCACAUAAAGAUCACAGACUUUGGGCUGUGCAAAGAGGGGAUCACAGACGGGGCCACCAUGAAAACCUUCUGCGGAACUCCAGAGUACCUGGCACCAGAGGUGCUAGAAGACAACGACUACGGCCGAGCGGUGGACUGGUGGGGGCUGGGCGUGGUCAUGUACGAGAUGAUGUGCGGUCGGUUGCCCUUCUACAACCAGGACCACGAGCGUCUCUUUGAACUUAUUCUCAUGGAGGAGAUCCGCUUCCCCAAGAACCUGGCGCCCGAAGCCAAGGCCCUGCUGGCCGGCCUGCUCAAAAAGGAUCCCAAACAAAGGCUUGGAGGCGGGUCGGACGAUGCCAAAGAAGUGAUGAGCCACAAGUUCUUCUCCUCCAUCAACUGGCAGGAUGUUCUUGAAAUAAAGCUUAUUCCACCCUUCAAGCCCCAGGUGACAUCAGAGACGGACACGCGUUACUUCGACGAUGAGUUCACGGCACAAACCAUAACAAUAACUCCCCCUGACAAGUAUGACAGUUUAGAUCCAGAAGAUUCAGAUCAGCGCACGCACUUCCCUCAGUUCUCCUACUCUGCCAGCAUCCGGGAAUGAUCACGGAGACUCGUGAGCAAGCAGGCAGGCGAACACACGAUCACAAUCCCACAUACACACUUGCACUGCUGGGCGACGGCAGAAACGGAAACUGGCACAAGACACAUUUUCAUUCGGUCUUUAACGCACGUACACACGGACGGACACACACACACACGCACGCACAUACAUAUCCUGGCUAUUCAGACAAGGCGGGGAUCAUUGAGUAUGAGGUGAAUGACUGAGCUCAGCAGGUUUGUGUGGAUUGACUGGCAGCUUUGUCUCUGUGCGUCCUCAGGGUUGGCUUCAGGCUUUCCUGCAGGACCUCUGCUGCACCACACUGGGGUCAAAGCCUUGACCCUUUGAAAACCAGGUUAUGCCAGCAAGUACCACCUCUUUACCAGCUGUACCCAUUCCACACACACACACACACAUACAUAUACACCAACCCAUGCGUAGACUGCAUAUAAAUAUAUAUACACGCAAAUGUACUUGAUAGAAUUUUUAAAAGCAUAAUCAAAAUUAGGAAAAUAGAAAAGAUUUGGGGGGGACAAGAUUGUUACAUCGAUUGUUACGGUUUUAAAUGUCACGCCAUAUUUCUGCAUUUGUAUGUGAUUUUCUUUUUUUUCUUCUUCUUUUUUUGAACAAGUGCUCUUUCUGGAACUUGCUGUUACAAAUCAAGUGUGGGACUGUUCCUACAGUAGGGGGAUAUCGGGGGAGGGUUGCCAUUUCUGUGUUUGCACUGCACGUGUGUGUGUGUGUGGAUGUGUGUGUGCAUGCGCAGAUGAGUGCAGGAGGAUGUAUGAACAACCAUUUUGAUUCUCAACCAUCCAUUCGUGUCUGUUUUCAUACAUGUUUGUAAACUCUGAACUAUUGCUGGAAUAUCGACGAGAGGACACUACGCAACCCCCUCGAUGGCCUUUUUCUUUCUUUUUUUUUUAAAGGGAACAAGACAAGGAUGUCAUUUAUGAUUGCUGUGACCAGUUGGCGCUCAAGACUCAGUCAGGAAUAGAAACUGGGAUCUCUUGCAUGGCUAACCUUUGCUUUAAGAGCUGCAUUAAUUAAUUUCAAGUGAUGCAGCUGUCGGGUUCGUCGAGUCCAGACUGACUUGGCGACCAACUGGCUGCUGGUUGGAGGUGUAGAACGGUUUCAUUAAGGCCAGUCCCUACGUGUUAAAGAGAGGAAGGCAAGAGGAGAAUAGAGAGACGCUUUUCCACAGACCAAUGUCGACGCACACGGCCAUUCGCUGUCCUCGAUCCAGUAAUUCUCACUCUUUGGCUGAAGAGUUAGGCACCAAUCUUCUUGUUCAUUUUUCUAUUUGUAUUAUCAGUGUAAGUUUUUAAAGAUUCUUUUUUUCGUGUGGAAAGUUCCCAUAUUUAAAAGAAUGAUGAGUUCAAUCGUUUGUUGAGUCUUUUAUAAUGAGGCCAAAAAUUGACUGACUUGGUGGACGUUUAACACUUCAAAUGAUUCCACAGCUGAUGUUUAGGACCUGUUUUUGUUUGUGUUUUCUGUAAUGCUGUGUUGACCCACUUCAUGUCAGGAGCGACAGUCUGCAGGUUUGCAGUCCAAUUAAAUGCUGCACGAGCCGGUCGACCAACAUUCGACCUGCAAAUGAAAACAUCAGCGGAUGCGUUGUUAAGUUGAAAUGAAAAUCUGCUUGCCGGGGAGUCAUGGCGGCCCGUGACGCCACAGAGAAGCGCUCACGUCGAGCGCUUCCUGCCCCGGCGGCUCUUUGAGCUUCACGAAAGGAACAUCAAGAUCGUUUUGUUUGUCAUCGUUUUGUUUGUUGAUUUUUAUCCUUUCUUUGUCCAUCUAUUUCUCAAAUUUUCAAAGACACAUUGUCUUUUUUUUAAGUAUACAUUAUAUAAAAAAUUAUAUAUUAAAUGGCUUUCUUUUUGAUUACUUUCUUCAUUUCAAGGGGUUUCCAUCGGCUGAAUGCUUAUCGAGCUGGGAUGGUAACUCGGUAAUGGGAUUUUGAAUGGGCUGAUCGUUUUGGGUUUGCAGAGCACAUGGAAGGGAAGUUUUAUUAAGGAAAAUGUACAUUAUUUGAUCAUUGUUUUUGAAACUAGAAAGAAAAUGUAUUGAACCGUAUGACAUUUUUCAGAAUCCAGUUUAAAGUUUUGCUCCUUUUUGACAAAGCUCAACUAUUGUCCAGAUGAUGCUCAAACAAACUAGACAAGACACAUCCGUUGAUACGUACGGUAUGAUUAAGAAUAAUUAAAUUGAUCCUAUUCAAAGGUUUUUAGAGAAACCUCGAUGCCCAUUCUCUGAGAUACCCCUCAUGUCUCUCAUUCAUCUGUUUUUUGUUACAUUUGUGUGAGUGACAGACUGUGACAGUGAGAAGUUUGAGUGAAAGUUGGAAGGAGGACACAGACAAAGCAGCAGGUGUUUGACUCGUCGUUGGGCAGCAGGUGGCCCCCAGUUCCUGAGGAGGAGGAGGAUGUGAUCAAAUGGCUUUGAUUUACAGUUCACAACUCCAGCACCUCUUCUCACGGGCUCAGGCACAGCCGUCACGCCUAGUGUCCUGCUUUGGGAAAAACGGCAGGAAUCGUACAUCCGAGCCACUGCACUGAUGGACUCCACUGUGGACUUGCCUUCAUUGCUAUCAUGGCCAUAAGGGGGUGCUGCUGUACUUUUUAAAUAUUGGUUGUGAAGCCAUACUCUGAACCUCGCUGCUGGCCACGCUUUAAGCAAUGCUUUCACAGCUGAACAUGCAAGUUAAUACUCCUGACCUCUCCUGUAGGCAAACACAGGCACAACAAGUGCCUCCUCACUAUUGUGUAAAUACCACACACACACACAAAUUUAAAAAACAGCUUGAUGGUGAAUGCAGCAUUCGUAGAGGGGGAGGACUGCAGCUUUGUAGUAUUUUGAUUUGCAGCUUUACAACCUUGCUUCUCUGUGUAUUUGAAUGUGAUCAAUAGUCACGAAUGUCACACCUGAUGCAGAUGUAACAAGACUUCUUCUUUUUGUUGUUGCUUGUAGCUGUUAGGCUGUGAGGCUCAGAGGGCAAAGAAAAAAAGCAAUCUUUAUGGGAAGGUCAUUGUCCUGGUAGACAGUUCCAGCCCUCCUUUGCAAGACUUUACAAUGUAACGGGCGAUACCUGCUACACAAUUGUAGCUUAUAACAUUUGCAACUAUAAUGUGCCAGUAAAACAUUUUGCUGAAUAAA